AUGGCAGACACCAAGAAGGAAGGAAAGAAGGCGUCUAGCCGACUCUUGGGAAUGAAGUUCAUGCAACGUUCAAUGGAGAAGGAAAUGCAAGAGCAAUUGGAAAAGGAACGCAAACGUGUUAUAUCUGAAGCUGAAUGGGUAUUAGAUACCAAAGAUACCACUAUACAAAAGCCUAAAAUCCACAUUGAAGUGCAACCUAGUUUCCUUCCAUUUACACAAGAUACAACCGCUGGUAGAAGGUCAUUCAAGAGCUUCAACAAACUAGUAGAGGCAAAUGCAGAUCAAGAAGAGAAAUCACAACGGCUUGCACGAGAGGAGAAAGCAGAAGAGGCAACUAAAAUAUCAGACAAAGAAUUUGGCCAACAGAUGCAGACAGUUAGAUCCGUGUCCAAGAAAUCUUCGAAAAAGAGAAAGGCAGAUGGCGAGCAGGCUAAUGCAAAGAAGCCAAAGGUUGCUUCUGAUACGUUUAUCAAGCCAGAAUAG